CUGUCAGAUCAUGGCUCUGCAUCAGGACCAGCCUUGUCUAGCUGAACAUCAGCAUCAGCACCAGGAAUGAAAGGGAUGGCCAUGGCUGGGCAGACACAAGGUGAUGGCUCUGCUCCUUCCUUUGCUUGCACUUGUCUGUCCUGAUCCCUCCCCUCCUCCUAAUUCCCAGGGUUGGCUUCACACAGAAGCAGCUGGAGGAAGAAGACAAGAGGGGGCUAGCUGUGACCUCCUCCAAAUUUCCAAGAUCUUUGACAUUGUGGACCUGCUUGAAAAUCAUCCCACUCACAUAUGGCAGAGAAGGUGCCUUCAGCACUUCAGGACACAAGUACAGUUGAGGAUGACCAGUGCCAACUUGUUCAGGAUUCAUCUCUUCUUGCCACCCACCUGAAGAAGGUGGAAAAUCACAUCACUGAUGCACGACGCUUCUGCCAUCUUCCAAAAAGGUCAUCUGUAGACAUUGAGUUUAAAGAGUUAUCCUAUUCUGUGAGAGAGGGACCAUGCUGGAGAAGAAGAGGAUACAAGACACUGCUAAAAUGCUUGUCUGGCAUGUUCUGCAACAGAGAGCUCAUUGGAAUUAUGGGACCGUCUGGGGCAGGAAAAUCCACAUUAAUGAACAUUCUAGCUGGAUACAGGGACAGUGGAAUGACUGGUGAAAUCGAGGUAAAUGGAAAGCUGAGGGAGCUACGAACAUUCCGGAAGAUGUCCUGUUACAUAAUGCAAGAUGACAUGUUAUUACCACAUUUAACAGUCAAGGAAGCCAUGAUGGUCUCUGCCAACUUGAAACUCAAUGAGAAGAUGGAUGUCAAAAGAAAGUUGGUAAAUGAGAUUUUGACAGCACUGGGUCUUCUUGAAUGCUGUGGAACUCGUACAGUAAACCUCUCAGGAGGUCAGCGCAAGCGUUUGGCUAUAGCCCUGGAACUAGUCAACAAUCCUCCAGUCAUGUUCUUUGAUGAACCAACCAGUGGUUUGGAUAGUGCAUCCUGUUUCCAGGUGGUGUCACUAUUGAGCUCUCUGGCACAAGGCGGUCGCACCAUCAUUUGCACCAUACAUCAACCAAGCGCCAAACUGUUUGAAAUGUUUGACAAGUUGUAUAUUCUCAGUCAGGGUCAGUGCAUAUAUCGAGGGUCUGUAACUCACCUUAUUCCAUAUCUGAAGGGAUUAGGAUUACACUGCCCAACCUACCACAACCCUGCGGACUUCAUUAUUGAAAUAGCCUCAGGGGAGUACGGAGACCUAAAUCCAGUAUUAUUCCGAGCAGUGGAAGAUGGACUGUGCCCGAUCCACAGGGAAAAGAGUAAACCAUCUAUGAUAGAACUAGACCUAUGUCCCACACAGGAUAUGUCUGGCCAUAUUGAAAGUCACACCUUUGCCACAAGCUCUUUGAACCAGUUCUCCAUCCUCUUCAGACGCACAUUUGUUUCUAUCCUGAGAGAUACGGUCCUGACUCACCUGCGUUUCAUGUCUCACCUAUGUAUCGGGGUUCUGAUUGGGCUACUGUACCUGAACAUUGGGGAUGAUGCCAGCAAAGUGUUCAAUAACACAGGCUUCCUGUUCUUCUCCAUGCUCUUUCUUAUGUUUGCAGCUCUCAUGCCCACUGUACUUACCUUUCCCCUGGAAAUGUCUGUGUUCCUUAGGGAACACUUGAACUACUGGUACAGCCUAAAAGCUUAUUAUCUGGCUAAGACAAUGGCGGAUGUCCCCUUUCAGGUUUUGUGUCCUGUGGCAUAUUGUAGCAUUGUAUAUUGGAUGACCGGUCAGCCCUUGGAAGCUACACGUUUUCUCCUUUUUACUGCUCUUUCCACAUCUACUGCUCUUGUGGCCCAGUCUCUGGGGCUUCUUAUUGGUGCAGCAUCCAACUCCUUACAGGUUGCAACCUUUGUUGGUCCAGUAACUGCAAUACCUGUACUAUUAUUCUCAGGCUUCUUUGUCAGCUUUAAAACCAUCCCGACAUAUCUGCAAUGGAGCUCCUACAUCUCAUAUGUCAGAUAUGGAUUUGAAGGUGUAAUUCUGGCCAUUUACGGAAUGGACCGCGCUGACCUUCAAUGCACUGAGCCUCCUUGCACAUUCCAGCGUCCCCAACAAGUCCUGCAGCAAUUAGAUGUUGAGGAUGCAAAGCUAUAUGUGGACUUUCUAGUACUGGGAGGGUUCUUUAUUGGGCUCCGCCUACUCGCUUAUUUUGUGUUACGUUACCGCGUUAAGUCUGAACGGUAGAAGGCAGUAUUCAUGGAUUUUAUUUCCAUACACGGAAUUCUGUUCUGCAAAUGAAAUACCGGACACUGACUCGUUACAAAAAAAGUCAUCUUAUGAGAUCCCCACAUUCAAAUGUUCCAGUCACAUCUCACUUAUUGUUUUCUGAAGAUCCGUCAUGAUAAGUUGAAUUAAGUGAUGGAAAUAUGCACAGUUUCUUCAGAGAGUGGCACAAAAGUCUCCUGUUCUAAUUUUUGGGUAAUGAAGCAUGUUUACUGAAUCUCUUUUAAACUGAAAAUCAGCUUAGGGACCAAGAUAGCCAAUGGCUGCCAGACAUGGAAGAAGUACUGCCUUGCCACCUAAAGGAAGACUUUUAAAGGAGUACUACGUUGUCACCUAAUGGAGAACUUUCAAGCAAUGAGUACUACCUUCUCACCUAAUGGAGGACUUUCAAGCAAGGAGUACUACCUUGUCACCUAAUGGAGGACUUUCAAGCAAGGAGUACUACCUUGUCACCUAAUGGAGGACUUUCAAGCAAGGAGUACUACCUUGUCACCUAAUGGAGGACGUUCAAGCAAGGAGUACUACCUUGUCACCUAAUGGAGGACUUUCAAGCAAGGAGUACUACCUUGUCACCUAAUGGAGGACUUUCAAGCAAGGAGUACUACCUUCUCACCUAAUGGAGGACUUUCAAGCAAGGAGUACUACCAUGUCACCUAAUGGAGGACUUUCAAGCUAGAAGUACUAUGUUGUCACCUAAUGGAGGACUUUCAAGCAAGGAGUAGUACCUUGUCACCUAAUGGAGGCCUUUCAAACAAGGAGUACUACCUUCUCACCUAAUGGAGGACUUUCAAGCAAGGAGUACUACCUUGUCACCUAAUGGAGGACUUUCAAGCAAGGAGUACUACGUUGUCACCUAAUGGAGGACUUUCAAGCAAGGAGUACUACCUUGUCACCUAAUGGAGAGGACUGUCAUGCAAAGGGAAGUACCGUGUCAGCUAUUGGAGGACUUUCAAGCAAGGAGUAGUACCUUUUACACCUAAUGGAGGAAUUAUAUUGUUGCUUAUCCUUCUAAUUGUCUCAAGAGUAUAGAACCAGAUCUUCAUAAUUAUAUCCCACCGCAUGUAGCAUUAUUUAUCUAGAAUUUUAUUUUAUAGGGUGUCAUUCAUGAUGUCUACCAGAUGAUAAAGAGGACCUAUACUUCU